UCUCACUCUCAUCGUGGUCCGGUUGCGUUUUAUUCAAGAUAGUGCGCCGCCGCCAGUAGAGAGGAGCAGGAGCCGAGCGAUCGAUAUGAGUCAACAUAUACUCGACGUCCGGCUCCGCAGAUGGUCGCGCAGACCAGAACUUGGCAGCAGUAUAGACGAAGUAGAAGCUGCAGUAGCUCUUCUUGCAGAUGAUCUGCCACGACGAUCAUGUGGAGGCCGAUAUGUUUCAACGGGAGCAAGGUCUACCGUAAGGAUGAAGGUGGAUGCCCGUAGCAGUUGCAGUUGAAGUUCGUAAUAUAAACAGUACAGGCAGUUUCGUUCUCACUUUCUUACUUGUGAUUCAAAAACAGCUGCUGUCUUUCAACCUCGUAGCGACGUUGUGCUCUUUUUAGUAAUAGAUAGAACGUCUAGAAACUUCGUCUGCUUAUCCGUGCUUGUGUGUUUCUUGCUCUGAUCUUGUUCGCUUACGUUCGUGAUUUGUACCAUUUCAAUGCCAACCUGAACUUCAUGCAGUUGUAGACAGGAGCAGGACACAGGAAGAUGAAAGAUGAGACUUGCCAAUAUUAAGCAUGACUGAAGACUGAGCUUACUAAAGAUUCAAACUUUUUUUUAGGCACUACAAACGCAGUACCAUACUAGUUAGCGAAUAAUAUGAAGAGCGGCGCGUAUAGUUGCGCCCGUAGUAGUUAGCUUUCGACCUCCAGAGCAGAGGUGUCAUCUCUGUUCUACACCACCGCGUCCGCGACUCCACUGACUUCACAGGACGUUACGAUGUGAAGCUUGAAGAUCAUACUGCUCCACAACCAAGGGGCAAAUAAAGUCAAAGCUGCUACUAGCCAUUUUGUGAGAUACUACUUAGCAACGAACAAGACGAGCGUGACGAUGCAGCGUUCUCGUUGGCGCUCCAUUUCAUGCGCGACUCUGAAACGAAGUACUAAUGCACCAGCACAGUGGCUCGCGAUGCCUCCUUGGC